GGCAUCACACAAAAGCAGAUGCUCAAGCAGUUCAAGGGUGAGGUUGUCUAUAAUCAAGAAGUCGACAAGCACUUCCCACACCUUACUGUAGGAGAGACUUUGGAGUUUGCUGCAAAGGUCCGAACUCCCCAGCAACGGCUUGUAGAAGGGAUCAGUCGUGAGUCUUGGGCGAAGCACAUGUCUCAGGUAGUCAUGACUAUCUUUGGCCUUUCGCACACAUACAACACUAAGGUCGGAAAUGACUUUGUCCGUGGUGUAUCCGGAGGAGAGCGAAAACGUGUCAGUAUCGCCGAGAUGGCCUUGGCCGGAUCUCCCAUUGCUGCUUGGGACAAUUCAACCCGAGGUCUCGAUGCCGCCACAGCUCUAGAGUUUACCAAGUCCCUUCGCCUAUCUUCCAAUCUCGGAGGUACCGUUCAUCUGGUUGCCAUCUACCAGGCUUCUCAGGCCAUCUACGACGAGUUCGACAAGGCGGUAGUCUUGUAUGAGGGUAGGCAAAUCUACUUUGGACCUUGUGAAGACGCAAAACAAUACUUUGUGGAUAUGGGCUGGGAGUGCCCCACUCGGCAGACAACUGGAGACUUUCUCACUUCAGUAACCAAUCCAUCAGAGCGCCGUGUCCGCAAAGGAUAUGAGAAAAGAGUCCCCAGGACUGCAGCCGAAUUCGAGACGUAUUGGAGAGAGUCGAUUCAAUACAAAGCAUUGAAGCAAGAAAUCAAGGAGCACGAGGAGGAAUUUCCGAUGGGCGGCAAGACUCUCGAGCAAUUUACGGCGAGCAGAAAAGGAAUGCAGGCAAACCACGUCCGCCCAGAAUCGCCGUACACUGUCAGCAUCCCUAUGCAAAUCAAAUACUGCACUCAACGAGCAUAUCAACGCCUAUGGAACGAUCGAACCAGCACUGUCACUACAAUCGUUGGUCAAAUUGGUAUGGCUUUGAUUAUUGGAUCCAUCUUCUACGGUACUCGGCACGACACAGCCAGUUUCUUCCAAAAAGGCGGUGUCCUGUUCUUCGCCGUCCUCUUGAACGCUCUCAUCUCUAUUGGCGAAAUCAAUACCCUGUACAACCAACGUCCAAUUGUCGAGAAACAAGCGUCCUAUGCAUUCUACCAUCCAUUUGCCGAAGCUGCUGCGAGUAUUGUGGCCGACAUACCUGUCAAAUUCAUGAUAGCGACCUGUUUCAACAUCAUCCUUUACUUCUUGGCUGGACUACGAAGAGAACCAUCACAAUUCUUCAUCUUCUUCCUCUUCAACUUCGUCGCUAUCUUGACAAUGUCUCAGAUCUAUCGGGGUAUUGCAGCAUCGACCAAGACUGUCUCUCAAGCUCUCGCCAUUGCUGGUGUGGUAACUCUGGCCAUCGUCAUUUACACAGGAUUUGUGAUUCCCAGACCGGACAUGCACCCUUGGUUCAAGUGGAUUUCUUGGAUUAACCCUGUUGCUUACGCGUUUGAGGGGCUGUUCGUUAAUGAGCUCCACGGACAACGAUUUGACUGUUCGCAACUUGUCCCGUCUGGAGGUAAUUAUGCGCUGACUGGGAACCAAUUCAUCUGCGCCGUCGCUGGUGCUGUUGCUGGUCAAACAACUGUCUCUGGCGAUGACUAUCUGGAAAGCCAAUUUCAAUACUCAUAUGCUCACAUCUGGCGCAAUCUCGGAUUCAUGUUCGCAUUCAUGAUCUUUUUCCUCUUCGUCUAUCUCGGCGCUACUGAAUUCAAUUCAGCAACAUCCAGCUCGGCUGAGGUACUUGUUUUUCGCCGUGGCCAUGUCCCAAAGCAAUUGGUGGUCGCCGAGAAGGCUGCCAAGAACGACGAAGAGUCUCCAAUCGCAUCUGGCACUAAUGCAGGUAAGGAUGAUGCAGAGCAAGAGAAGGAGCAAGACGAGCAAGUUCAGGCUUUGGCUCCACAGACCGAUGUUUUCACAUGGAAGGAUGUUUGUUACGAUAUCAAGAUCAAAGGCGAGCCUAGACGACUUCUCGACAAUGUUUCAGGCUGGGUCAAACCUGGUACUUUGACAGCUCUCAUGGGUGUUUCUGGUGCGGGUAAAACAACUCUUCUCGAUGUCCUCGCUCAACGUGUCUCGAUGGGCAUUGUCACAGGAGAUAUGCUGGUGUCCGGCAAGCCACUCGAUGAGUCUUUCCAGCGCAAGACUGGCUACGUUCAACAGCAAGAUUUACAUCUCGAGACGACCACCGUCCGUGAAGCGCUUCGAUUCUCAGCCAUGCUUCGUCAACCCAAGAGCGUGUCCAAAGAAGAGAAAUUUGAGUUUGUGGAAGAUGUUAUCAAAAUGCUCAAUAUGCAAGACUUUGCGGAAGCCGUUGUUGGUGUGCCUGGCGAAGGUCUGAAUGUCGAGCAACGAAAACUGCUCACUAUUGGUGUGGAACUCGCCGCAAAGCCGGCCCUCUUACUCUUCCUGGAUGAACCCACUUCUGGUCUGGAUUCUCAAUCAUCUUGGGCUAUCGUUGCUUUCUUGCGAAAACUUGCCGACAAUGGACAGGCUGUCUUGGCGACCAUCCAUCAACCAAGUGCUAUCCUCUUUCAAGAAUUCGACCGAUUACUUUUCUUGGCCAAAGGUGGCAAAACAGUAUACUUUGGUGACAUUGGACAUAAUUCAGAGACACUUUUGAACUACUUCGAGUCUAAUGGCGCGGACAAGUGCGGAGAGAAUGACAAUCCAGCAGAAUACAUGUUGACUAUGGUUGGAGCUGGUGCUACUGGGAAGUCUACAAAGGACUGGCACGAUGUCUGGAAAAACAGCAACGAGGCCAAAGAGGUUCAGAACGAACUGGGUAGAAUCAAGCAAGAGAUGGGCAACAAGUCAUCCGGAGAUGACGCAACAAGUCACAGUGAAUUUGCCAUGCCAUUAUCGAACCAACUCUACGAGGUUACUCUCCGAGUCUUUCAACAGUACUGGCGAACUCCUGGUUAUGUCUAUUCCAAGAUCGUCCUCGGCGUCGCGUCCGCACUUUUCAUCGGAUUCUCAUUCUUCCAUAUUGAUUCUUCCUCACAAGGACUCCAAGAUGCCAUAUUCUCUAUCUUCAUGAUUACGACGAUCUUCACGACUCUUGUGCAGCAGAUUAUGCCCCGCUUUAUUCUUCAACGAGACUUGUACGAAGUUCGUGAGCGACCAUCUAAGGCUUACAGCUGGAAGGCUUUCCUCAUGGCGAACAUCAUUGUCGAGAUUCCAUAUCAAAUUUUGCUUGGCAUCAUGGUUUUCGCCUCAUAUUAUUACCCAAUCUAUACCAGUGGCGGAAUUCCUUCUUCCGAAAGACAAGGGCUCAUCCUUCUCCUGAUCAUUCAGUUCUUCGUCUUCACUAGCACCUUCGCUCACAUGUUGAUUGCUGCACUACCGGACGCCGAGACAGCUGGCAACAUCGGAACGCUCAUGUUCUCCUUGAUCUUGACCUUCAACGGUGUCUUUCAAACCCCACAGGCGUUGCCAGGGUUCUGGAUUUUCAUGUAUCGGGUAUCACCUUUGACUUAUCUCGUCUCUGCAAUUGCCUCAACUGGUCUGUCUGGUCGCGAAAUCACCUGUGCCUCGAACGAGCUAGCAAUCAUGCAACCACCAGCUGGUGAUACUUGCGGUGACUACCUCCAAGCAUAUGCAUCUCUGGCAGGCGGCCGAAUAUACAACCCUGAUGCGCUCAGCAAUUGUCAAUAUUGUCCAGAGAGCAACGCUGACCAAUUCCUGACCUCUGUUGAUAUCAGCUAUAGCACCAGGUGGAGAAAUUACGGCAUCGGAUUCGCGUACAUUUUCUUCAACAUCUUCAUGGCCGUAAUGCUAUAUUAUCUGUUCCGCGUCAGAAAUGGGUCUGGGAAAGGCUUGGCUCAGAGAUUUUCGUGGGUGCUAGCAUUCUUCAAGAAGGAUCCGAAGAAGGAGAAUAAGGGGCCUGAGAAGGCGAAGACUCCUCAGGAUCAGGGUGAGAAGAUUCUCCCCUAGAUGAUCCGCACUCGAAUCCAUUUGAAUUUCCAACAGCGAGGCGUUGGUAUUGGGUACAACUUGUAUUUUGUCCUUGGUUGGAGAAGUUGGACGGAUGUCCAAAGUAAUUUAAAAGAUGAUCU